UUCAGCGCCUGUGUCCUAAAUAUAUCACUUCAUGCUCACAAAUCUUGCCAAUUAAUGAGCACAGGGCAAUUACAAUGCUAAGUGCGCAAGUUGCACAAGAUGAAAUGAUUCUGAGAUAUUUUGAUGGAAACAACACAACUGUAGAUAUGACUGAUUAUAGAGUUGAUAAUGAAGUUAUCUUAGAACAGUUUUGCUUCAAACUUGUGCACCAUAAGUCACAAGGUGUAAUUGGAAGAACUCAUGGCUUGAAGGCAUUGGUUGAUACUGAGAAGUAUAACAAUGGUGAUAUUCAUGAUGAGAAUAAUUUGAGUCUAAUUGUGCAAAACAGACUUGAAAUGAAAGACAGUGUGCUUUUCAAGCAGACAGCAUCUCCUGGGGAAAACACAGAUCUUGGACUUAGUAUUGUUAAAUAUGAAACAACUGAAGCUGCAUUAAAGUUGGAUCCAAAGAUCAAGAAAUGUUUGUACAACAAAGAUCUUAAAAAUCUUGAACCUUCCUUGGGCUCCAGGAUCAACGAGUUGCCCUACAGCCUUUCAAUGUGUGUCAAUCUUCUUACUGUGAUUGAUAACUUGAUUAAGUGUGGCCUGAACCAAUCUAGAUGGAAAGCUUAUGGACAUCAACUGCACUGCAUCCAAUCAUAUUCUGCUGAACCCAAACAGCUUGGAGAAAUUGAACUUAGACAAGGACAGAGGUCUCAAUGUCUGAAUGCUUGCAAUAGACAAGAAAACCUUGUCACCAAAUCAACAAGUGUUUAUCCCGGAGAAAACUUUGAAUAUUCUGAGGAUUACCAACUCAUUCUCAGAAAGAUUAGACGAAUAUGUUCCGAGGAAAACCAUCCUGGUUUUACAGUUCAUGUUUUGAAUAAAAAAUACCCAGAGCUUUGUGGUGUGGCACUCAGUAGUGAAAAAAAUGAAUCUGAGAAGAGACUUGAACUGGUAAAACAGUACGCCAGGGAUAACAUAGUCAGUGUGAAUAUGUACAUAGAAAACCCGUUCAUCACUUCAUAUACAACUGAUGUAGAGAUGUCAGGAUUGGAUAUUAUCUCAAGUAUAGGAGGACUUUUGGGACUUUUCAUUGGAUUUUCCCUUGUUACCCUUGGAGAGAUCGUUUAUUAUCUGUUGUUCCUGAUGUUCAGUAGAAUAAUUACAAAAAAUUGAUGGAAAAUUAUGAAUUCAAAUUACUCUUAAAUAAAAGUAUUCUAAUCGUCA